AUGAACAUCAACAACUGCGUUUAUUCUUCAGAUUUUCAGCCUGCAUCAAUGUCGUUUUCUGUUCAAGAAACUCGCCCUAGAAUUGAAUCCGAGAGUCCUAGCAGCGGUUUUUACGGUUUAAACCGCCAUCAGAAUCCCAGAAAGAAGCGUACCAACUUUAUCAGAAUCGAUAAUUCUCUUGGCGUCACAAAGCCUAAAUGUUCGAAGAAACCAGACCCCAGUGCUCCAAAGAUCACAAGGCCGUGCAGUGAGUGCGGCAAGAAGUUCUGGUCUUGGAAGGCCCUUUUUGGGCACAUGCGGUGCCACCCUGAGCGCCAGUGGCGCGGGAUUAACCCGCCGCCCAACUUCCGGCUGUUUGAAACCCCCACCGCUGCCGUCAGAACUGAUCGGGAAGCCACCGCCUCUGGUGUGACGGAGGAGGAUCAUGAGGUGGCUUCUUGCCUACUGAUGUUGGCUAAUGGGGGUAGUUCUACUGCUGCAUUUUCUGACUCACCAUCUGUGACUAAUGUUUGUAGUACCGGAAUAUUGGAAUCUGAUAGUGGUGGUGGUGUUGUUGGGGUUGAGGAUUUUCGAUUCGAGUGUUCGAGUUGUAAGAAAGUGUUUGGCUCUCACCAGGCAUUAGGUGGUCACAGAGCAAGCCACAAGAAUGUCAAAGGUUGUUAUGCAAUUCACAAGAAUGUCGAGAUCGGAGAGGAAGAACAAGAACAAGAACAAGAAUGGAUUAACAAUGGAAGCCAUGUUGAUCAAUCAAUAGAUGUGAUGGGUCACAAAUGCAGUAUUUGUUUAAGGGUUUUUUCAACAGGUCAAGCCCUAGGUGGGCACAAAAGGUGUCAUUGGGAGAAACUAUCAGAAGAAGCAACAUCAGGUUUAGGACUCUACCCUGCUGAACCCGAGGAGGCUAAUUGUGGUUUGGAUUUGGAUUUAAACUUGAAUUUGCCUGCUUCAGCCCCGGCCCGUGUACCAAUUCAUGAAGAGGAUGUCUCUUCAUCUACUUUCUUUUAUUCUGCAGGUCUGGAAUUGGAUUUAAGGUUAGGACUUUGA